CCUUUCAAAUAAUCACAGUCGCCCGCCCACUGUCCGAUGCUGUUUGCAUCGAAAAUAUUGUCGAAUGCAUGAAAAAGAACAUCUUUGCUGUUUCCCAAGCGCUUUACGAGCAAGACAAUACAAGAUAUUCAAACGGCUUUGGUUUGAGUUAAUAGAGAAUUUCAGCAUCAAACAGACAAGCAAGAGUGGUAUUGAUAAGACUGAAGUUGUGAGCUUGAAGCAACAACGUGAUGGAGGUUGAGAAUACAGAUGGAUCUGAAAACACUGUGUCCAAUGGCAGUACCCAUCCACCCAAACGUGGCAGAGGCAGACCGCGAGGGUCACUCAAUAAGAAAUUCACUUAUGAAAAAGUGGCAACACAAAAUGCCAGGCCAUCCAGAAAGGUGGAAUUCUUUUCUCCCGAAAUAAUCAUAAGGAAAGUGAAGAAACGUGGUCGCCCAAAGAAAAUCAAAAUGCGUGGCAGGCCAAGAAAGAUCCCGCUUACACCUGAGGAAGUGUCCGAGAAACUUCAUAGGUUGAGUACACAGCGGAAACGAAAGCUGUGGAAGCCCCUUGGAAGGCCACGCAUUCAUCCUAUCAAAGAGGGUCCCAAGAUCAAAAGGGCAAGAGGAAGACCUCGCAAAAAUAAAACCAUGACAGAAUCGUCAAAAAACGAUACACACCAACCUAGUGUUGAAAUAAGCCUUGCUGCUGCUGAUGGCCCCCCUCCAAAGAGAGGGAGGCCAUUGGGCUCAUUAAAGAAGAAGAGGGGUCGGCCUGCAGGUUCUACCAAGACUUCACCCACCAAGGUCUCAGAUUGGACCCCAAGAAAGAGGGGCCGUCCUCCAGGCUCUGCAAACAAAGUAAAGAUUGUAAAACAAGUUGACGGAACACCAAAAAAGAGGGGGCGACCCCCAGGCUCCCAGAACAAAGUGAAGAUCAUGAAACACGACGACGGAACUCCUAAAAAGAGGGGGCGACCCCCAGGUUCUGGAAAAAAGGUAACGGCAAAUAGGGUCGGAGAAGGUGCUCGAAAGAGAGGCCGCCCGCCAGGCUCUGGUAAAACCAAAGUUCAUGUAUCAGAUUCGGCAGAUUGUGAUCAGGGUAGCUACGCCGCCACCAACGCCAGUGGUCAGCAUCGUAAGAGGGGCCGUCCAAGAAAAGCCAUGCUAAAUGUAGUGACUGAAAAACUCCCCUCUGCGAUCACAGAGGAAGACGAGAUGGAGAAUGAUGAACCCUCUCCCAAACAAUCCCGUAACUCGGAUUCCUCAUCACAAAUUCCAAAUGAGACCGCAGGAGAGGAAAAUGGGGCAAGUGAGAACAAUGAAGACCCAGAGUAUGAAGAAGAUGAAGAGGAUGACAACAGUGAUUCUCCAAAAGUGAACAGCAUAAGUGAGAAAGAGAUGGGAGAGGCAGCCUCUUUUAGGGUGCAGUCAGGUAAAUCAAAAAAAAUUAAAUAAGAUAAGGGGCAUCAUUGAAAUUUGGUGGGUAUAUUUUUGGAUGGGUUUUAAUAGGGUACGUCAAUAUGUGCACUAUCUUUUAUGCCAGACUGUGCCGAGUGCAUUUUAUUCUUCUCACUUUGAAAUCUAGUGUUAAAGGAGUAGAUUACCCAAAAUAAAAAUUCUGUCAUUGAAUCACGCUCAUGUUGUUCCAAACUUGUAUGACUUUCUUUCUUGCAUGGAACACAAGAGGAGAUGUUGGGAAGAAUUAAAGUCGCACAGGUUUGGAUCAUCAUGAGGGUAAGUAAAUGACAAAAUUUUCAUUUUUGGGUGAACUAUCCCUUUAACUGAUAAUUCUGAGUGAGCACAAUGAUUGGCUUGUAAGGUUGUUUUUUAUUUUUUUUGCAUGGGAAAAGUAUUUUGUCUGCAUAAACAUUUGUAGCAUGCAAAAUAGAAGGUCAACUAGGUAGCCAGUUAUCAUCAUGGGAUCCAAAAAAACAAACAAACAAAAAAUGGUUAGCAUUUGUUAACAAUGGCUUGUGCCAAUCAUUUCAAAGCAACUACCAAACAAGACUGUUUCAACUGGAGUAACUUCCUGUGCAGUAGUCCAUUUGCACAGGAUUUCAGUAUGUUGGCUGAUUUACAUUUUUGUUUGCCCAAAUUGGACUGGUAAAGGAUUUUAAUUGACACAGUAGUUGCUUGGGGUGGGGGGUGGUUGGGUUCAGUGCAUCUUUGUAGUAGUUUUAACUAUUUUUUUAAACAAACCUUUUAUCAUUGUCAGUUCAUUCAUUCUCUGUAAGAUUACAAAAUGAAGUCAGUCCUGUUGAGUUCAGUGUUUUAUAGUGAAAAAGUCCUGUUUUAUGCUUUGCAUCAUUAAAUCUUUGUCUGAUAAAUUGGUCAUUUAUAGAUGUUCAUUUGGCUGAAAUAUUGUGAUUGCUUCGUUUUUUUAGACAUGCUGUUGUUUGUGAAUACACUCAAAUUCUGCUUCAACAAUAGUCUUGUUGAUCCAUUUUUUUUUUUUUUUUAACAAAUUUUUAUUCAAAACAGUUAUGGCUUUUUGUAUACAUUUCUUGUUGUUCUGUCUUUUGUACCUUUUUCAUUUAACCAAUUUUUUUCUUCAUUUGCUUAGGUUGUGUUAAAAAACAGAUAGACAUGAUAUGAACGGUACAUCUUGAUUAUUUUGUUCAUGUGUUUAAUUUUUAAUCUGUAUUUACCAAUAGAUGCUAAUAACAGGCUGUUUUAGGUGAGAUCUUACAUUUAGAAAUAAAAAAAUAAAAUAAAAAACACUCUUACGGUUUAGCCAUAAUGUAUUAAUUUACGUUAAGUACAUGUACACAUGCUUUCUAAAUUAGGUUCCUCGUGCUGUAGUACAAAACAUUUCUCUAUCGCUUUGUAUAAUUCAUUUCACUUUGUGAUUUUGAUAAACAGUGUUGCUGAUUAAUAACCAAGUAAAUCAUGACAUACUUACCAAG